UAACAAUUUUUAAAUGCAGUUUGACUUUUAAUCAUCUCUGGAGGAUCCUAGGCCUAUACACAUUAACAAAAUGAGCGACGUUAUAGGUGCCAGCUCAGCCAAUUCCUUCAUGGCUUCCGAUAUGCAAAACCACGGAGCUACUUUCCGUCUGAUUGACGAUAAUAUUUGUGAUGUAAAUGCAGUAGUUAAACGCAAGACAGUUGUAAGGAUAUCCGAUGCGGUACAUAGGUGUGGUACCACAGCAUCGGAAUGCGUGUCAAAUGACGUCAGUGACGCUAGGAAUAACGAAGAUACCGAGAGCACGGACUGCGCAAGUGCCGAAGUAUCCAGCGGUGAUGAAGCAGUACCAGCGCAAUCACAAAGCACAUCCGAUCUGGUAAUCUUCGAUUACGAUGACACCAUUCUACCAACAUUCGCCCUGGCAUGCUCACAGAGGAGUGGACUGGGCCACCUACUAGACCCAGAGAUGAUAUCUAAAGAACUCGAUCGAUUGACAGAAUCAGUAUUGGCAAACCUAAACAAGGUGCUGUCAAUCUCGAGAUUAGUUAUAGUUACAAAUGCAAGUUAUGAAUGGCUAAUGCAGAGUUGCGAACGCUACAUCCCACGCGUGGCUGAAUUCUUCGCUGUUAACAAUAUUCGCAUCAUAUCAGCACGUGACAGGUUAGAAAACAGUUUGUUGUCACAGCGACACUGGAAGUACUUCAUCUUCAUUGACCUCAUCGAGGAGUACUUCAACGACGAAUUGAAAAACGGCUUGCCCUUCACAGUUACAUCAAUAGGUGACGGCAGCGAAGAACGCGAGGCGUGCAUGAAGCUAGCAGCUAUUUUCAAAAACCAGUCGUGGAUUUUCAAAAAUUUGAAGUUCCUGUCGCAGCCUACAGUUGGCUGCUUAAUACAACAGCAUAUACUACUUGCCAAGUCAUUUGACAGCUUCUUCUCACUGAAGACAUCAGCGGACCUGUGCAUCCUGUUCGACAAAAGCAAGUCCUAAAAUGGACAUUGAACGCCAAAAAAUGGUAUAAUUU